AUGUCCACAGAGGGUAAUCCUGAUGUGACGGGCACCCUUAUAAAUCAGACGGCUCCUCGACAAGGUUCCCAAAGAUUAAGCUAUUGUGUAAUGCAAAGCCUUCUAUUUAUAAGGAGAGCAGAUAGACAGUAUGAGGUCGAAAAGGUUGUCUCAGACAUGCUUGCAAAUGACCCCAGUCGGUACAUUGGUCACAAUAUUGCAACAGCUUUCAUAGGUGGUGCAGCCUGGACCGUGACUGACGUCAAAGUGCAAAAUCUUCCCACGCUGGACGAAUCUGAAGACCAGUUGGAUUAUGCUUACAAGUAA